AUGACUUAUAUUACAUAUCUUUUAUCUUUAUGUGAACACGGUGAUCUACAUUUACGUGGUGCAUGUGCAAAUUUACUUGUUACAUUAAUUCAAACAACAAUUCAUCUUUUAACACUAUCGUCAUUAACAAAUUCAUUUAAUAAUUCUUUUAUUAAUCAAUGUUCACUUGUAUCAACUGAUUCACAAGACAGUUCAAGUCAUGCAUUUACAAUCAUAGGAAUUGAAUUAUUAGAAGAUUCUAUGCAACAUACUACAAGUUCCUAUGUUCUUGCUAAAUUUGCUCUAGCUCAACUUAUAGAUGACAUUGAUUUUCGAAUAUUAACUUAUCUUGAACAACAACAACAAUUAAAACAACAGUAUCCUGAUAUACGUGUCCGUCAAGCAACUGCUUCGACUUUUGCUAAUGAUUUUCAAGCUGCUGUACUCGAUUUACUUGUUCAAUUACUUUUAAUUCGUGUUAAUUAUAGUUAA